UGUGCGAGGUGUGUGCGGUCGGCGGGGCGGGGCCUAAGCCGGGCCUGUAUUGGCUCCACGGUGCCGGGACAUGGGGCUACGGCUGGGUGGGUAGUGCAGGGAGCCGCUUGGCAUUGUGGGCACGGACCCUAGGCUGGACCCCAGCGUCGCGGCCUGGACACCGGAUUCGGCAAGGCGCGGUCUUCGCUGAUCUACAUGUAAUCAACAAAUUUGUCAAACUCCCGUGUGAUCUACAACCUUCACAAGCAGACAAAAUGAAGCUAACGCAUACUAUCAAUCCUGUUCUUCUGCAGUUAAUAAACUUCAUAAUAUUGGUGUACACCUUUAUAACAUACGUUCCAUGGUACAUACUAUCUGGCUCAAGACAGACCUUAGCAAAAUCAAAACAAAUUAAAGCUAAACCUGUGACAAACAAACCUGGUAGUUCAUACAGGUCUGUUAACAGUUUGCAUUGCUUAGCUUCCGUUUUAUAUCCUGGAUGUGACACACUCGACAAAGCUUUCAAGUAUGCUAAAACUAAAUUUAAGGACAAAAAACUCUUAGGAACACGUGAAGUCUUGAAAGAGGAAGAUGAAAUCCAGCCCUCUGGAAGAGUUUUUAAAAAGGUCAUCCUUGGAAAAUACACUUGGCUCUCAUAUGAUGAAGUCUACAUUAAAGCUACUAAUUUUGGAAAUGGCUUAGCAAUAUUGGGGCAGCAACCGAAGACUAACAUUGCCAUCUUCUGUGAGACUAGAGCAGAGUGGAUGAUCGUUGCACAGGCCUGCUUUAUGUGCAAUUACCAACUUGUUACGCUGUAUGCUACUUUAGGAGGCCCAGCAAUAGUACAUGGAUUAAAUGAAAGUGAGGUGACAACCAUCAUUACUAGUAAAGAACUGAUGCAAACAAAAUUGAAGGAAAUUGUUUCUCAGGUUCCACUAUUGCGACAUAUUAUUACUGUGGAUGGCAAACCAACAACAUGGUCAGAAUUCCCCAAGGGUGUCAUUGUUCACACUAUGGCUUCCGUGCAAGCAAUGGGGGCCAAGGCAGAUAAUGUAAGCAAACAGCAGGCCAGGCCUGUACCCUCAGAUAUUGCAGUAAUCAUGUACACAAGUGGAUCUACAGGACUUCCAAAAGGAGUCAUGAUUUCUCAUAGCAACCUUAUUGCUGGUAUAACUGGGAUGGCUGAAAGAAUUCCUCAUUUGGGGGAAAAAGACAUUUAUAUUGGAUAUUUGCCUCUUGCUCAUGUUCUGGAAUUAAGUGCUGAACUUGUUUGUCUGUCUCAUGGAUGCCGUAUUGGUUACUCAUCACCCCAGACAUUAGCUGAUCAGUCCUCUAAAAUAAAGAAAGGAAGCAAAGGAGACGUUACUAUGCUUAGACCUACCCUAAUGGCAUCUGUACCGGAAAUCAUGGAUCGGAUCUACAAAAAUGUCAUGAAUAAAGUGAACGAAAUGACCAGUUUCCAAAGGAAUCUGUUUAUAUUGGCCUACAAUUACAAAAUGGAGCAGAUUUCAAAUGGCUACACUACGCCACUUUGUGACAGCCUUAUUUUCCGGAAAGUACGAAUGCUGCUAGGUGGUAAAAUUCGCGUCCUACUAUGUGGAGGAGCUCCACUUUCUGCUGCAACUCAGAGAUUUAUGAACAUCUGUUUCUGUUGCCCUGUGGGACAGGGAUAUGGACUAACUGAGUCAGCCGGGGCUGGAACAAUCACUGAAGUUUGGGACUACACUACAGGGAGAGUAGGAGCACCUUUGGUUUGCUGUGAAAUCAAAUUAACGAACUGGGAAAAAGGUGGAUAUUAUAAUACUGAUAAACCAUAUCCUAGAGGUGAGAUUCUUAUUGGAGGCCAAAAUGUGACCAUGGGCUACUACAAAAACGAAGAACGAACCAAAAAAGAUUUCACUGUGGAUGAGACUGGACAGAGGUGGCUCCAUACUGGAGACAUUGGAGAGUUCCAUGCAGAUGGAUGUCUAAAAAUAAUUGAUCGUAAGAAAGACCUUGUAAAACUCCAGGCUGGAGAAUACGUCUCUCUUGGCAAAGUUGAGGCUGCUUUGAAGAAUCUUCCACUGGUAGAUAAUAUUUGUGCAUAUGCAAGCAGUUUCCAGUCUUAUGUCAUUGCAUUUGUUGUGCCAAAUCAAAAGGAACUUACAGAACUAGCUCGAAAGAAAGGAUUUAAAGGAACCUGGGAAGAGAUCUGCACCAGUGCUGAAAUGGAAAAAGAGGUACUGAAGGUAGUAACUGAAGCUGCUAGCUCAGCUCAUCUGGAGAAAUUUGAAAUACCAGUAAAAAUUCGUUUGAGCCCUGAUCCUUGGACCCCUGAGACUGGUCUGGUGACAGAUGCCUUCAAAUUAAAACGCAGAGAGCUUACAUCACACUACCAGGUGGACAUUGAUCGAAUGUAUGGAAAAACAAAAUAAUUCUUUUCCUGCGCUUCUUUGCUACAGUGAGCUCGGAUCAAAUAGGAAAUACUUGAAUCUCAUGUCUCAGUACUUGAGACCAACACACAAAAACACCAUUCCUCAUUUUCAGCUUAAACAGUUACUUCUGAUAACAUCAACAUCUUUGACUGUCAGGAUUAGUAAAAUGUUAAGGCAGCAAACUUGUGUCUGUCUCCUUCUUUCCAGUAUUCUCUGCUAUCCUGUCAAUAAUUGGAUUUUCCUGAGUUCUUUUGGGAAACUGUGUGAUUUUUGAAGCCUCAAGUUUUUAAAUAUGAUUUAUAAAUCCUGUAUAAUGUUCGGUUUGCAACUUUUUAAAGUUUGGAUGUACAGGCGGAUAACUUGGCUAUGUAAGAAAUGGUUAUUCUGGGGGCCUUUUAUAUAAGUAUUUAAAUAUAAAAACUUAUUGAUGUUGUGAAAUUAUGUAAUCUGAAAAUGCUUAUAAAUCAAAUCACUGUUGGACGGAAGACCAGAUUAUUUUGUUGCUGUGCAAUUGUUCUUUGUAAAUUUAAGAAAGAAAAAGUCUGACAUUCUGACUUAUGAAAUACACCUGAAAUAUGUGCCUGAUGGUUGAUCCUUAAAUAUUUUAUUUUUUACCUGAAAAAGAAAGGUGGGCAUGGCACAGCACUGUAUAUAAGCAGACAGCCCUGGAGAAUAUGUUGUUUGAGGCUUUAUUAAUGCAAAAGAUGCUAUUUAACACACCAAAAGCUACAUCUGUGAAUAAUCUGUCUAAUAUUGAAAUUCACUUUUAAAAUAUCUUCAGGCCAUUUUGUACAGAAGUUAUAUUGUUUAAGAUUUGUGAGAACUUUUAAGUGUUAAGUAAAAUGAAUUCAGAAAGUUUGGCGGGACUUUAACAAAAUCAUCUCUUUUCUCAUCAGUCUUACGUACACAAUUCAGGUUUUCCGUUUUGUUGCUUGUAAGUCAUUGAUAAGUCAUGUUCAAACCUAGCUGCAGCCCAAAUCUUUUGGAGGGAAAUUUCUUAAAGGCCCAAAAUGUCCCAUUAGGUACCAGUUGGAAGUGGGCACUUAACUGCCAUUUGUGCCUUUGAAAAUCUUCCCCCUAAAUUAAUAAUUUAAUGUUUUUGUUUAUCAUCUUUUUUUCUUUGAAGGCAGAUGUCGGAAGUAUUAUACGUUAAGAGUCAUAUUUAUUUUACCUGGUUGGUUGUUUAAUUGUUGCACCCAAAUUCUUGAUUUAGUUGAUUUAUAAAUAGUCCUGUGAAGCUUUCAUUUCCAGAGUUCUGGGUGCUAGCUAGGUCUAAAGUGAGAGCCUCUGGAUUGGUUUCAGAUAUGUAUUUUAUUAUUAGUUUUUUAAUAUAUUAAUUUGGAGAAAAUAUUCUGAUCAGGGUCACAUGAGAACAUGGAAAGGCAUACAUCAGUAAAUUUUGUGGUGGACCAGGUAUUAAAAGGGCUUUAAUUUGCUGAAAUUUCUUUCCUCAUAGGGUAUAUGAAAUUAUAAUAUAAAAAGUCAGGUCUUCAUGCUUGCUUGAUGCAAUAGUUUGAUAACAGAGCAUUGGCUGUACAAAAGACUUGCAGUACCUAAAACCAACCUUUUCUGCUGUUGACAUUGGUAAAGCUUUAAUUUGGGAGUUUUAGGAGAAGGUUUCACACAAACUCUGAUGAAAAAAUUAAUUCUGAAGUAUGUGAAAAUUGACACUCCUUGUUCAGUUGUAUAGGAGACCAAAGUCAGGUAGGUUCCCUGUGCUGGUGAAAGCUGAAUGUAUCAUACCUAGUUUCAGUCACUUAAAUAAUGGAAGAGUGAGCUGUAUUUUUAAUAGCUCUUACUGGAUUGCCAUGGAUUUGCACUGUUGUUGGUGCUGGAGAACUCUCUGGACCUUUUGGUGAGGUUUGGUGUAUUUAGUCAAAUGGAAUUGACAGAAUUUAAAAGGGGUUCAAAAUCACAUUUGUAUGAGUAAUGAGGCCGUUGUAAUCCAGGCUAUACAUGAUCUGAAUCUUAAAGAAGUUAUAAACACAUGAUAGAUAUAUACAGAUAAGACUAAAUGUAGGUUGCAUCCAGUGAGGUGAGCUGUAGCUCACGAAAGCUUAUGCUCAAAUAAAUUGGUUAGUCUCUAAGGUGCCACAGCUACUCCUUUUCUUUUUGCGAAUACAGACUAACACGGCUGUUACUCUGAAACCUAAAUGUAGGAAAGUAAUUGAUUGAAGAAUGGGAGCACAUGAACUGUCAAGUUCAAAGGAAAAGUGUCGUCAUGUUUUAGUUAUAGAAAAAUGUUUAAUAAAAUAUAGAUUUGCACUCUGUCAAAUGGCAUCAAGAAGCAAUGAGGUUCAGAAAUAGAGCCUGCAUUUGAAGCAAUGAUAUACUUUGCUUAAAGUUGCAGAUGGCUUUUUUGUGAUCCUAGAAAAACAAAAAUAAUCCAAAAAAUGGCUAACGUAAUAUGUCCAGCAUCUUAAGACCACUUGUACUCUGUAGUGUAUUAAUAAAAUUCUAAAUUUGAUUAACCCAGAAGAAGAAUUCUGAAAGAAAUAGUAUUUUAAAGUAUGCUAAGUUCUUAAAUGCACUUUGGAUAAAUCACAGAAAUUAACAGAUGUUUUAACAUUAGUUUGGAAAUAAGUCUUCACUUUCCUUCCAGCUCUGCCAGAAGGUUGAACUGUAAUCUAACUCUGCAUCUGUUUUUCAAUCCAGUUUUCUUUUCUGAUGUACUUUUAAGUUGAUGUAGACAAAUAGUUCCAGUUUCUGUUGAGAUCAGAUUGGUUUUGUAAAAGAUAAAGCUUUUGUUUCCUCUAAGUGAAAAUAAACCAGUAGAACAAUUUUAAAGAGAAAAGGGCCUUUGAAUUUUUGGGUGGGCCUAAAAAAUAUUUUUUGGUAAGUAUUAUUAUCCUGUCUCAAAGAUAGGGGAACAAAUGGCCUGAUCCUCCGAGGUUCUGAAUAUCUGCAACUCCUGUACUCAGAUCUUCUCUGGAGCAGGCUCUAAGGCAGAAAAGUUACACUAAAUGACCAGGGCCACAAAAGGAGCUUGUGUCAUAACUGACAUUAAAAUGCACGUGUCCCUUGUGAUUGUAGUCCAUCGAGCAAUGAUAUCUCUUGGGUGCUUGAGCUGCCACCAUCCUUUCAUCUUGUGAUCAUGGGCCAUGCUAGCUGCUUAGCAGAGGAACAAUUCAAUUGGGAGGCGGUUCAUGGGAACCCUAACGGUAGCAGUCAACGUGAUGCCAGACUCCAAUUAUGAACUGGUCUGGGGGGCUUUUUUCUCGGCCCUCAAAAGUGAAAGAAAUCUAGCAACCUGAUGGAAUAGAUUUAGCCUCCACAUUUUCAAGGUUCUCAUAAUGAGAACAUGGGGUGGGAACUGCAGCUGAGAGUCUAUUCUGGCCCUAAAAGUUGGCCUUUGAAAAGAAGCAUCUUGACAAGAAGCAAUUUAAAAUUCCUAAAAUUCUGAAUCUGUGGGAUAGUAGUGAUCAUUAGCUACUUAUCCCCAUGUGGAAAUGUACAUAGCUAUGAAUUUUGAAUUGCAGUAUAAAAGAGGACUAACUGACCUAGUAGGAAACAGGACUGAAGAUGAAUAGUUGGCACACGUCUUCUGGUGUUGGUUUUUUAAAUGUUUCAAGACUUUAGACUGACACUUCAAUCUAGAUGUCACAAGUGUUCUUUACAGGGAAUAAACAAAGCUUGUUUGGAUGUGGUUAGGAAAUUAAAAAUUAGAGGUCAGAAAAGACCUGGCAAGUUUACUGAUGCUGUUACUAUUGCAGUUUACAGAAAAAUUGACUGUACCUCAAGGGGAAGCUGUGUCUUCUCAGCAGUAAAACAUUUUGCUGAAGUUGAAGUUCAAAGCAGUGUGCAAUUGAAACUAAAAAUAUAGCACAUAGAUAUGUGCUAACAAGUUUAUAAAUAGGAUGAAGAGAAAUGUAUGGAAUUGAAACCCUACAUAAAAACAUUCUACAAAGCUUGUAAAUUUAGGCAGAAACUGCCACAGGGGGUAAGAGUCCAUGGCAGUAAACUUUUAUAUGUAUGCUACUGAAAUUGGCAAGCUUUUCUUCUGUAUUAGAACUCCACUUAGACCUUGUGUUGCAGCAUUUUUUUUUUAAUAAAUGUGGUGUAUUCAUUCGUUUGAGCUUGUAAGAAAAUUGUAUACAUCUGUGUCUUCCAUACUGGUUAAGAGGAGGGGUCUCCUUUUAAGUUUGAACACAUUAGACCAGUCUGAAAAUGUAAUUGAAUGACCAGUUGUAUAAUACUAUAAUUGGUUAUUUAAUGCAAACUCAUUUUCAAUGUAAUCUUGGUUUGGUUGUUAAUGUGAACUGCCUGAAAAAGUGUAUAUCAUAACUGAUUUAUAUUGUAUGAAUUAUUUAUUUGUAAUUGGACAUUAAGUUUCAAAAAUAAAGAAAGAUAAAAUUGAGUUUCACAAA